AUGCUCAUGUGCCAACCUAACCUUGAACUAACGGAGAACGUCGGACGCAAUACUGAGUUAGAAGAAGAAUCAUUUGAUUCGGUGCCAGCAUUGGUAAACUUCUAUAGAAGCCAUCGACGUCCGAUCACAGUUGCAUCUAGAUGUGUUAUUUUAACGCCCGUUGCACGUGAUCGUGACAAUGAAGGAAGUGUUAAUAGCCUUGAAGUUGAGGCUAGUUACAUGCAUGUUCUCAAGCCAAAUGCGAAUCAAGGAAUUAAUGAGAAAGUUCCAGCAACACCACGGUCACUAUCAAAGCGGGUGCUCCUAAAUCAGACGGCUCUUCGCCAAAACGCCAUAGCUCGUCAGCAACGCCCAAAAUCUAGCAUUAAUCAGCAACAAACGAGCGUAACUCACGAAUCACUACAUGUUCCACCAGUUCCUAUUACUCUUGUGAAUCGUCCACUUCCACUGCCUCUUCGGUCACCAGGAAGUACACAGGAUGACGAAGAAGACUACUCCGAAAUGGACUAUGAUGCUAUGAAUGACAUUCUGGAUGCAUCUUCAAACUCUCGCAAUAACAAGACGCGCAAUACGAGCAUUAAUUCAACAGCAAGUAUCACAUCACGAAGGUUCCAAUCGUGUCAAAAUCUUAGCUAUCGUUCGCACUCACCUAGUUCGACUACUGGUAAAGCCCCCCCACCUCUACCACCUCGACCACCUUUACCUCCUAGACCGAACUUCAAAGUGGAAGCGAGCACUGUUGCUGAUGAAACACUGGGCGAACGCUCGCAACUUGAAAAUGCAAGUGAUGGCGCGUUCGUUGAUUACGACGAACCAAGAACAAAAAUUUUACACAACGACUACGAUAAGCUUAUAAAAGUUUUAUUUUUGUCCUACAGUUACCUUCUACAACAACGUAUGCUCCGGACGUCAAGCGAAAUAGCUUCAGUAAGCGAUCAAGCGAUUGCGACGCUACUGACAAUAGUGUUAGAGCUUCUCGAGAUUCUGGAAUCUAUAGGCGACUCUCCCUCUCCUCCUGGCGAGUAUCAUACCGCUUUGUCACAAGUGCAUCUGAUGCAGCUUAGGCAACUUCUGCUCAACAGUAGACCCGAUGAGAUAUCGUUAGCACUAUCGUAUGAACAUGCUAAGAUUUUGCAUUUUUUGGAGCCUAUUGAGGAAUUGGAAUGCAAAGCGAAUAAUGGAUUACGUUUGGUGUUGCUUCCUAGUGGUUCGUCAUUAAGACAAGAACUUAUCGAGAGAUGUAGUUUGCUACGAUUCACGUGUUUGCUGUCGAUAUUCUCUGGUUCCCGUAAAGACGCCCAUAUUAUUCUGAAGAAAUGGAUUCUUACGGCAGCGUCAUUAGCACGUCAUGGUGAUGCUUUCGCAUUCUCAUGUAUUGCUGGAGCUCUAUCGGGAAAAUCGCUGAAAUGUGUACAGUGGCUUUGGACGUCACUGGAUACAGAAGCGAAAAAAGAACUUGAGAUUGUGCGAAAUAUAAACGAGUCAUUGAUAAAAGGUGAGAGACUUGAGCGUCAAAAUCAUACGACAAUUAUUCCCUUUAUGCAACCAAUCCUUGAAAUCAUGUCCGGAGCAGACUCGAACUAUGUGGAUGAUACGAACUUCGCAACUGAAGUUGGGUUUGAUAUGCUCAUUGCAGAGUCUUUAUGGGCUUGGUUAGAACGUGCCCGUCAAUGGUGCACGAAAGCGGACGAGUCAUGUCGUACGGCUCGUGCUAAAUACAGACGUGCUGAUAGCGGUGUGAUGUCGUCUUCAUUUCUUUCUCGUCUCUUUACCGGUGCUGGUAGUCAUGAAGAUCGCCAACGAGUACUAGAUAGUCUGAUUCAAAAUACUGUCGACGAUUGCUGA